AGCCAGGUGCAGAAUUUUACCUUCGAUUUUCACUUCCAUGGAUUCUUCGUCUCAGUCACCGUCUGAACCUCCGGCAGUUCCUUCGCCUCAUCUACCUCCGCCUUCAACACUGCCCUCCGCCACAACUUUCGCCCUUGCUCCGCCGCAACCGUCCCCAAAUGCAAACCCUAACAUUAACCCCAAUUCAUUCCCGAACCAGAACCAGAACCAGAACCAGAACCAGAACCCCAAUUCCAAGACCUCAACUCCUCUGCCCAACCAGCCUUCACCGCAGCAACAAUCUCUUCCCACCUCUCAGCAAAUCACUAGGCCUUCCUCCGCAUUGACUGGAGCAUGGCAGCCGCCCUCGCAUUUCUCUCAUUUUCCUUCUCCUUCGCCUUCUGCGUCAUCUGGGCCGCACUCAACUAUGGUGUCUCCUUCGUCCCGCCCUGUUUCUGCUUCAUCUCCAGCCCAAAGGGGCGGCAUCGCCAUUGGGGUUCCAGCUCACCAGCCGAGUUCCGCCCCUCAGCCUGCUCCCUUUUCGGCAUCUUAUGGCCAGCACUUUGGUGGGUUGGGCCGAGGUGGCGUCAGCAUUAGCGAACCGGCCUCUAAUGCAACUUCUUCUCAGGUGAGACCUCCCAUGCAAGGAAUGCAGGGACUGGGGAUGUUGGGAUCAAGUGGUUCUAGUUCUCAAAUGCUGCAGAGACCAGUGCAAUCUUCUCUGAGACCGCCAUCUACCCCAAACUCAGCUUCCCAAAGUUUCCAAGGCCAUGGUCUUUUGAGAGUGCCCUCAACAAAUUCGCCAAGUUCUUCAUUGCCUAGUACGUCACAGAAUAUACAACCCUCCAACCAGCCUUGGCUGCCAUCUACUUCACAAGGAAAACCGCCUCUUCCAUCACCUUCUUAUAGACCACAGGCAAACUCACCUUCCAUACAGCAAAGAUCGCAUAUCCCUCAACAACAGAACCACCCCUUAGGUCCAGCUUCUCAGCAACAGCAGAUUUCAUCAACUCCUCAGCAACAACCCUCACAAUCACAUCAGCAGCAGGAGAAUUUUGCACAACAAUUCCAACCAUCAAGGGGCUCACAAGGUUUACCACAUCAGCAGCAGGUUGCAAGAGCUCAGGGGCCAGUUAACCAGAAGGCUUCUCCUCUUGCACCUCCACAAACUAAUAAUACUAAUACACAAACAAUGUCCCAGAGCAGAGCUAUAACUGCAGAAACUGAAGAACCUUGUAGUAGAAUUCUCAGCAAAAGAAGUAUUUGUGAACUGGUUAAUCAGAUCGAUCCAUCUGAGAGAUUGGAUCCUGAAGUGGAAGAUAUACUUGUUGAUCUAGCUGAAGAGUUUGUUGAGUCGAUUACAACAUUUGGUUGCUCAUUAGCAAAGCAUCGAAGAUCGACUACAUUAGAAGCAAAAGACAUCCUUCUACAUCUUGAAAAAAAUUGGAAUAUAACACUUCCUGGGUUUGGUAGUGACGAGAUCAAAAUAUUCAAAAAACCGCUUAUAAAUGAUACCCACAGAGAGCGUCUUGCAGCAGUAAAAAAGUCUAUCGUGGCAAGUGAGAUGGCAAAUACCAGGAGUUCUGCUGGACAGGCCACUGGAAAUACCAAAAGCAAUCUGGCAAAAACACCUGCAGUUUAGCAGGCUCACCAGAAGCUCUAGAUACGUGAGUUUGGCUGGGGCAUUUUACGAUGGUAUUGGAGUAAAAAAAAACUAGUUUUUUAAAAAAGGUGAGUAAAUUAUUGUAUAGCAUAUAAACGUAGCGGCAAGUAUUGAGACUUGCAACUUAUAUUCACAUACAGGUUGAGUAUCAUGAUUUUCUGACAAUGAAAUGUUGAAGAUUGUGCAGUAAUCGUCAUUACACGCCUAUAGAAGUAGAGGGAUUAAAGGCUUGUUCAAUACAAUAUGUUUAAUCCUUAAUAUUUCAAAAGGGUGAAUGUUGGUGAUUCAUUUUGAAACCGUUUUGUCUAUUCUCUGAUCCUUAAUACUAAGGUUAUCUGUUACCUUCGGGAGAAACAAAUAGUGACUAAAAAAAGUUGAAUUACUUUAUCCUUUUAGUGGUACAGUAAUAUGCACAUCAUGUUAAUUUUCUCCAGCUAGAUUUUUGAAGAUUGAUAUCUGGCUCUCAUGCAUGCAGGCGAAGUUCCUACCAUAUUUGAAAAAGGCAAAGUUAAUGGCAGUGUGCAACAGAAUGAGCUGAAAUUCUGCCUUGCUUCACAACUGUACCGCUCAGCAGUAGUCAAUGCCCUGGCUUACCAAUUGAACCACCAAAUGUUAUGGAGACAAAGCUAACUUCACCAGGUACCUUCAAUCAAAUCGUACAUUUCGAGAUAUCAUGUAGGGACUUAGCGUGACUUGUAAAGGUGUUUGUGGAUCAUCACGACUCUCCCGAGUGUGGUGGCUUGUAUAGACAUGCUGAAACAAAGGGAGCUGUAAUUUUUCUUUUAGGACUUCUUGAUUAAGAGAGAGAGGUGAUUUUGUGAACUUGGUGGAAUGUAUAUGAUCAGUCUUCCAUCCUUUUUUGGUUUAAAUCUCUGAUCUGAACUAGAUCCUGUAGCACAUGAUAGUCUUUGGAAAGAUGCUCAUGCUAUAUUGUUCAUGGGCGGAAUUUGCUUCUUGAAAAAAUGUUGUGGGCUUUCAUUUU